GAGAGCACCCCUAGCACUAUGUUGUGUCAGUCAUCUAAUAACAAUAUUUAUAAACAAAUAAAAAUAUUUAAUAUCUAGUGUUAGGUGUGGCGUUUAAAUAUCAGACGCAAUAGUGAGAGUCCAGAGCAAGCAAUGGGAAGAAUGUCCUGGGCAGCAAUUUUUCUCUCAAGUGCAGCGAUGCUGACUGUAAUAACUGCUAACUCCGUGCUACCAGCUGCAUAUUUGAUACGAACCAUGGAGAAAACGUCUGUGGUUGUCAGAGAUGUGCAGAUCAACGAGAACGCUUCUUACCACCUCUCUCAGGCAGCUUCCGAAUGUGCGUGUCGCGGGAGGUGCUUCGUCGACAGCCGCUGCAUCGCGCACUCCUACAACGCCAGCGGCGCGUGCGCUCUCAGCGACAAGCUCGGGCAGACUUCGGAGUCCAGCGGAGCUACAUACCAUUACUCAGAACAGUUUGAGCAGCAACCUGACGGCGUGUUCUACAACAAGGCACUUCCCCUGACGUACACCGCUUGCGUGGCUCGGUGCUCUCAUCCUGGCAUGCGGAUCCCCGCCGCCAAAACUCGAGCAACUUUCGAUUAUCUGAAGAGCGAUCCAAACAUAUGGGUUGGCCUAAACAAAGGAGACGACGGUGUCUUCCGUUGGUCUGACGGCAGCGAGCUCGACCUGACGAUGACGAGCCCGCCUGUGGAAAACGAAUACACAAAUAUCUUCGUGAUUUGGUAUGGAGGAUUUGAUGACACCUAUUCUGACCACACUGCAACAUGCACGUGCCAGGGUGUCUUCGUCAACGUUCAAGCUUGAAGAACAUGAGCAUUUGGUUUAUUUGCUCGACUACUGCAUCAUGAGUGUAUUGAUCCUCUGAUAUUUGUUUUUCGUCAUUAAAUGCACCUAAAGAAAGUUUCACUCACAAUCCUUUGCAGAUAAAUUGAACAAAUUCUUCGUCAUAUUAAGUACCUUCCAUGUCGAUGCCCGUGUAUUAAGUUCUAAAUUAUUCGUUUCGAUGACAUGGGUGCGGUGAAAGUACAAUUACUCAACUGUUAAAUCUUGUGGGUGUUUAUGAAAAGCAGUAUACUUCAGUGUGAUUGUAUGUGUUAGGAUUGUAUGUGUAUCAGGAAUAAUUUAAUCUGAUAACGGUUUUGUAACCUAUUAAAUGAAUCUAUUUAACAUGAAGUUUUGCUCCACGUAAUAAAUGCACCUAAUUAGAA